GUUGUAUGGCAUAAAUUACAGGGGCUCAACGUAUCUUUUGGAGCUUCCAAUGGUCAACUUUUUCAGGGUUCUAAGCACCGGCGCUAGGAACUCUCCAGUUUGUCUCCGGUUAAAAGACCUUCCAUAUCACAAUGACUGGCCAGCAGGAUGUUUGAGGAUGGCCUCUUGUUGUUAAAAAUAACCUGAAAUCAGUCAAAGAAGUCGUGUGUCCAUUAACUGGCCGCCUCAUUCUCCAAAACAACAAUCAGUCCUAGCAAACAUUUUUCCUUUGGUUCCUUUGUUUAUUCCUUUAUUCAUUUAUAGUCAAAAUACUUCCUUCGUUCUGUUUCCUUUUGUAUAUAUUUCUUCCCACUUUUACUGACUUCAUAGCUUCCUGGUUCUUCAACUCGCCAUUUUGCAGCACUCUCAUAUCUUCAUAUUCAAUGCUAGUUGAUGCCAAUAUUGCCCAUUCACUUUGAGUAAACACACGGUUGGCACAGAGAUGGCCGCACAGAUCGCAGGUGUCGUCUCUAAGAAGCUAUUGAAGGAGUCUGCUGAAAAUCGGUUUGGACAAGAGGACCCAUACUUCGAGACAGUACCUGCAACGAACCUCUUAGGACGCCCGACGACCAAAAAGAAGCGCAAGGCCGCCCCGGAAGGCAUAUCAGCCCACGAUGCAAAGAUAUUGACCAAGGUGAAGCGGCGGGCAUAUAGAUUGGACCUCUCUCUGUGCAAUUUUUGCGGAAUUCGCUUCGGAUGGAGCAGCGUCAUUGGUCUAGUGCCAGCAAUCGGCGAUGCGCUCGAUAUGUUUAUGGCCCUGAUGGUAGUAAACACUUGUAACAAAAUAGAAGGUGGUCUCCCCGGCGGCAUUCGAAUGCGUAUGCUCUUUAACAUUGUUAUCGACUUCUUCGUCGGCUUGAUUCCUUUCAUUGGCGACCUUGCGGACGCCAUAUAUAAAUGCAACACUCGAAACGCUGUUCUCCUCGAAAAGCUCCUGAAGGAACGCGGAGAGGAGAAUCUGAAGCACUCAGGUUUGCCUCUGCACGAGCCUGCGCGGAUUGAUACAACUCAUGACGGACAACCAACCAUUGAAGGCUCAGGACGUAAUACUUCUCCACCACGAAACGAUUCACCCGCUCGACCACAACCAGCACGGGUUCACACGGACAAGUCGUCGAGAAACCCUGCUCCCUCCGCCGGGCGCAGGAGGGAGCCUGAUAUCGAAAUGGGGAGGAUGUAAACCUUUUUUCUCCUAAUUUUCUCUCUCCUUCCCAUUUUUUUUUAUUUUCUUUCUCUUUUGUCCGCUUUCCAUAUACCCCAUUUGCAUUUACAUGAGCAUAAUAUGGGCCGGAGUUGACUAAUUUGUAUAUCUCUUUCCAAUAUCUAAGCUAUGUAAUAAUAAUAUAUAUUUAACAAUGAUGCAACUCCUCGUAACUUGUGUGUUCCUGCAAUAUUUUAAGAAUCCAAAAGCUAUUAGGAUGCUGCCUGUUGAGAUAUCAGGGCUAGCCUAAUAUCAUCAAAGCUUGACUCGCAGCCUUUGAGAUGGCAAAAAUUCAGGAUUUAGCCAUGCAACGAGAUCAGAAGUCCGUUCUGUCAACCGGAUACUACGAUCCCAAGUUUGUUAUAGAAUAAAACCAGUGGUGGUUUCACCUGUGAAGCAUGUCGAUCUUGCGAAAUUAUGGAAUGCGUACUUUCAGAGGAGCAUCGGAAGAAGUCGUCACUCCCGGUGAAUAAACAGUAAUGGUGGGUAUAUGGGUACAUUACGCUAGAAAUCAACGCAGUGCAGUCAGCUCCAAGUUUCACUGGCGGCUUUAGAAGCGUUAGCCGCGCCGGCGAGGCUGCUUUAGGUGGCUAAACUGAGAAGGGAACAACGGCAGCGUG